AGUCAGGAGGUGUGCUGACAUCACUCCUGAUUGAAAGGCUCGACGCCUAUCGACCAAUCAGCUCUUGACUUUUGUCUUCGCGUGGCCUCUUUAAAGGGAUUGACAGAAACGCCCCCAGCCUCCACUCUGCAGAAUUUCUCCGUUUUUAUUCGCUUUUUAAAAGCGACGCUAAUAAUUAAACUUUGAAAGUGUAGUCAUAAUGCCAUCACAAACCAAACUGAACCACUAAUUGCGUUUUGCCUGUGGGCUCUCCUGCUGUUUGGGCGUUUUUGUUUGCACCUGAAUAUAUUAGGACUGCCAUCAUGAAGUUGAGGAGGUGUUCAAGGAAGCCAGCUUUUCCAUGGUUUGGAAUGGAUAUCGGUGGUACUUUAGUAAAGCUUGUUUACUUCGAGCCAAAAGACAUCACUGAAGAAGAGGAGCUGGAAGAGGUGGAGAAUCUGAAGAGCAUACGCAGGUACCUCACCUCCAACACGGCCUAUGGUAAAACCGGCGUCCGUGAUGUACACCUGGAGCUGCACAACCUGACAAUCUGCGGUCGCACAGGGAACCUUCACUUCAUCCGCUUCCCCACCGCUGCUAUGCACAGAUUCAUCCAGAUGGGCAGAGAUAAGCACUUCUCCAGUCUGCACACCACACUGUGUGCCACCGGUGGCGGGGCAUACAAGUUUGAGAACGACUUCAGAACGAUGGCAGACCUAGAGCUGCUGAAGUUGGAUGAGCUGGACUGUCUGAUCCAGGGGCUGCUGUACAUAGACUCGGUCGGUUUUAACGAUCAUCCCGAGUGUUAUUACUUUGAGAACCCCUCCGACACACAGAACUGCAUCAAGGAACCCUGCUGUCUUGACAACCUUUUUCCCAUGUUACUGGUCAACAUUGGCUCAGGCGUCAGCAUUCUAGCAGUGUACACCAAGGACAACUACAAACGAGUGACAGGCACCAGUCUUGGUGGAGGGACGUUUUUGGGGCUUUGCUGCCUGUUGACUGGUUGUGAGACAUUUGAAGAGGCCCUUGAAAUGGCCAGCAAAGGGGACAGCACCAAUGUGGACAAACUGGUGAAGGACAUCUAUGGAGGAGACUACCAGCGCUUCGGCCUGCAAGGGUCCGCCGUGGCUUCAAGCUUUGGCCACAUGAUGAGCAAAGAGAAGAGGGACAGUAUUUCUAAAGAGGACUUGGCCCGAGCUACACUCGUCACUAUCACCAACAACAUUGGCUCCAUUGCACGCAUGUGUGCGGUUAAUGAGAAGAUUGAGCGGGUUGUGUUUGUGGGUAACUUUCUGCGUAUAAACACUGUGUCGACAAAGCUUCUUGCCUAUGCUAUGGACUUCUGGUCCAAGGGCCAGCUGAGGGCCCUUUUCCUGGAACAUGAGGGAUACUUUGGAGCCGUCGGUGCUUUUCUAGACCUGCUGAAGUCGGCUGAUGACACAUAAAGGAAAUCAUCAUCUCCUAUCAUCCAGAAGCUCCAACAGGAAAACUGGAAUACUGGGAACACUGGGAAAUUUAAUAGAAGCCACUAUAGUAAUUAACCUGUAAAUAACCCUUAAAAUAAGAUUCUAAAUAAUAUUUUUAUGACUAACUUAGUCUCCCUCAGACUUCCAACUUUUUUCCAUUUAUACUGUUUGUAAAUCUCAUUGUGUAGUGAACAGGGAGAGUUUAUAUGGUGGCCAAAACCUGCUGUGUUAAGGUUUUGCUAUGGUGAGAGUAUUCAGCGUUAACUGCUGUUUCUAGGCCUGGUUAAAUAAUGGGCCUUUCAGAGGGUUUUUUUUUUUUGGUGUUAAACUGCUGUUCAGACCCCAAAUGAUGUUUGACACACUGUUCGAGUUGAUUUUCAAGUCUCAGGUCUGUGUUAAAUGUGUGCAGACUUCUUGUAGUAAAGGCAUUGGUCUUUACACAGCAUAGAGCAACCUUUCUCUGGUUGCAUCUCUUUUCACUCUUCCUCUUCACUACAAUUAACAGUUUUCCAUGCGUUUAUAUGCCUGAAAGUAAUUUUAAACGGUUCGAUGUUGGAAUUAUAUUGGAAUAGUUGAACGUUUUAAAAAUAUAUAUUUACACUGAUUCACAUGAAGCCUUUACUUUAUAAAAUGAUACACAGGAAGCUCAGGGUGUCUCACUUUUAUUUUUGAGAGGGAAUUCUGUGGGACCAAGUGGCCAGUUUGACAGGCACUUCAGAUAGAAAGCUCUCCUAACGUCCCACAUUUUUGUUGUCUUUGUCCAGCUUUGCCUCUUUUUCAUCUUGCCUUUUCCCAUUCUUUUUCCCAUCUAAACCAAAGCUACUUCAGUCAUCUUUAUCUGAAUGCACACAGUUAUAUACUGUAUGCAUAUACCUCCUCUUUGGUUACUUUCUUAUCUAUAAUGGUACGAAGAGUACUUGAAGUAGCCGUGUGGUGACAAAACAUAAAGUCAGUACGACAGCAGUUACCCACAACCCCCCAUUCCUCUGUAAGCAACUGUGUUUCCACUGUAGUGCCAAAGUGAGACGGGAGGAGUCAAACCAGACAGCCUGUCAGUGCAAGCAUUCCUGCUUCACCAGGCCAUGAACCACAUUACUUCUCUUAAAAGUUGCCUAGUAUAAGAGUAUUUCUAAGAUGAAGUUCAAUAUCAUAUGUCAUUUAAAAAUAAAAACACCACUCUCUUACUAUUUAACUCUAUCGUUCAUUUCUCCUUGCUGUCUUUCUUGCCUUCUGUGUGAUCGUUCUCCUCCGUUAACAUUUGUGGCUGUUUUUAGGUUGUGCUUUUAUUUUAUUUCUUCUUUUUUUUUU